UUUGUAAUCCUCACAACAGCUAGCCUAUAUAAAGUCACCCCAUUAAGAGAAAAGUAUACAUGAUUUACCUCUUACAAUUCUCAAGUUUUUUUUUGAGUGGGCAAAGGAGAUCAAAAUCCAAUGAGUAAGACAAAAACUUGGGGAAGUCUGUAGUGUAGUCUAUACUCUAGACAGAGGCUGAGAUGAGUAAAACGGAGGAACCCCAGUGCAUCUACAGAAACAGUAAUGAACCCGUGGAGGUUAGGGUUAGAGAUCUUCUCUCUCGAAUGAUGUUGAGAGAGAAACUCGGUCAGAUGACCCAGAUUGAGAGAUCUGUUGCCAAUCCUUCCGCCAUUAGAGACCUAUGCAUCGGUAGUGUUCUCAGUGGCGGUGGCAGUGCUCCAUUCGAUGGCGCCUCGGCUACCGAUUGGGCCGAUAUGGUUGAUUCCUUUCAGAAGGCAGCUAUUCAGUCGCGCCUUGGGGUUCCGAUUCUCUAUGCUACUGAUGCAGUUCAUGGCCACAAUAAUGUAUAUGGUGCUACCAUCUUCCCUCACAACAUCGGCCUUGGGGCAACCAGGUUAAAUACCAUCAAAACCUAUCGUGUGUCUCCACUUUCUUAUCUCACUCAAUAUCCAAUUAUUUGGAUGAGCUAUAGAGAUGCAGAUUUAGUUCAAAGGAUUGGGGUUGCGACUGCCCUGGAAGUUAGAGCUACGGGCAUACCAUAUACGUUUGCUCCAUGUGUUGCUGUCUGCAAAGACCCCAGAUGGGGAAGAUGCUAUGAGAGUUUCAGUGAAGACACUGAAGUUGUUAGGAAGAUGACUUUGGUAGUUGUCGGCUUGCAGGGGCUUCCUCCUGAAGGACACCCAAAGGGCUACCCUUAUGUUGCUGGAAGAAAAAAUGUUAUAGCAUGUGCCAAGCAUUUUAUUGGAGAUGGUGGUACUGACAGAGGGAUAAAUGAGGGGAAUACCAUUUUGUCAUUUGAUGAACUGGAGAGGAACCAUAUGGAACCUUACCUAGAGUGCCUGUCUCAGGGAGUUUCUACCAUCAUGGCAUCCUAUUCUAGUUGGAAUGGGAGAAAACUGCAUAGUGACUAUUUUCUCUUAACAUGUAUUUUGAAGGGGAAGCUUGGUUUCAAGGGUUUUGUGAUAUCUGACUGGGAAGGAAUUGACCGACUCUCUCAACCUCACGGAUCAAACUAUCAUUACUGCAUUUCAGCUUCAAUAAAUGCAGGAGUGGACAUGGUGAUGGUGCCUUUCAGAUACAAUGAAUUCAUGGAUGCUCUGGUAUACCUCGUGGAAUCAGGGGAGAUACCUAUGAGUAGGAUUGAUGAUGCAGUGGAGCGAAUCCUAAGAGUAAAAUUUGUUGCUGGACUAUUUGAACAUCCAUUUACUGAUAGAUCUUUGCUAGAUAUGGUGGGUUGCAAGAUGCAUAGAAAAUUAGCACAGGAAGCAGUACGCAAGUCACUUGUUCUGUUAAAGAAUGGAAAGGAUCCAGCAAAGCCACUUCUUCCUUUUGAUAGAAAAGCACAAAGGAUUCUUGUUGCAGGAAGACAUGCUGAUGAUCUUGGAUUACAGUGUGGGGGAUGGUCAAUCACCUGGCAAGGGAGUAGUGGCAGAAUUACAACUGGAACAACCAUCUUGGAUGGCAUUAAAGAAGCAGUAGGAGAUGAAACAGAAGUGAUCUAUGAGGAAUGUCCAUCACCAGCCACAUUUGUGGGUCAAGGUUUCUCCUUUGCCAUUGUUAUUGUAGGAGAAGCAACAUAUGUGGAGAGCAUGGGUGACAAUUCAGAGCUCACCAUCCCCUUCAAUGGUAUUGACAUGGUAAACUUAGUUGCUGAUAGAGUUCCCACGUUAGUGAUUCUGAUAUCUGGAAGGCCCCUAGUUCUUGAGCCAUGGCUGUUGGAGAGAAUGGAGGCUUUGGUUGCUGCCUGGUUACCAGGUAGUGAAGGAAGAGGAGUGGCCGAUGUUAUCUUUGGCGAUUAUGAUUUUGAGGGUCUUCUCCCCAUGUCAUGGCCCAGAAUGGUGGAUCAGUUGCCGCUGAAUAAGGGAGAUCAGUCUUAUGAUCCUCUAUUUCCUCUCGGUUUUGGUCUGAGAACCAAGUAACCUCCAAACUUCAUAGUUUGAUUUCUAAUGGUAAUUACUAGUUUCUGAGCUAAUUUAGAAUGGAGGGGAAUAAAAGAACAGAAAAUACAGAAGAGGCACAGAUUUGGACAAAGGAAUUACAUUAGCAUUUGCUUUCAACAUGUAUGUAGGUGCUACGACAAAUUGUUUUGUUUUAACAAAAGUUCAAGGUAUCAGAAAUGCAA